UCUCUCUCUCUGCAUGACUUUGAUCGCAGGGUUUGGGAAAAGGCAGCUGUCGUGUUUGCUCGCGGACAAACGCUGUAUUUAUCUGCCUCUAAAACUUCAGUAUAGGCGGAGCACAACAAUAUCAUUAAUGCAGCUGGACACAGAUAAACACACCGUCUGAUCCACUGUCAUAUCUCACAAUGUGGACUAUCUGCGGUGUCUUGAUCUCCUGGGGUCUGCUGCUCUUGGUACAUGUCCGAGCUCAGUCUCAAAACAGGCAGACCUUCACAUGUGGUGGGAAUAUAACAGGAGAUUCAGGUGCUAUCGGUAGUCAGGGUUAUCCUGGCGUCUAUCCACCCAAUACCAAAUGUGUAUGGAGAAUUACAGUUCCUGAUGGCAAAGUGGUUGUCCUCACAUUCAGAUUUCUUGACUUGGAGAGUGAUAACCUGUGCAGGUAUGAUUAUGUGGACGUUUACAGCGGUCAUGCCAAUGUUCAGCGUCUUGGCCGCUUCUGUGGGACGUUCAGACCAGGAGCCCUUGUUUCUACAAGCAAUAAGAUGCUUAUACAGAUGGUAUCUGAUGCCAACACAGCUGGCAGUGGCUUCCUAGCUGUGUACUCUGCUGCCAACCCACAUGAGCGAGGAGAUCAGUAUUGUGGUGGGAGAUUAGUUAAGCCUUCAGGAACCUUCAAGACCCCUAACUGGCCGGAUAAAGACUAUCCUGCGGGAGUCACAUGUUCCUGGCAUAUAGUGGCACCGAAAAACCAGAUAAUAGAGGUGAAAUUUGAGAAGUUUGAUGUGGAGAGGGACAACUACUGCCGUUAUGAUUACGUAGCGAUUUUUAAUGGAGGAGAAAUCAACGAUGCCAAAAGAAUUGGAAAAUACUGUGGAGACAGUCCACCGGCGCCUGUGUUUUCAGAGGGAAAUCAGCUCUUCAUUCAGUUUCUCUCUGAUCUGAGUUUAACAGCAGAUGGUUUUAUCGGUCAUUACAAAUUUAGACCAAAGAAACUUCCCACCACAACUAUCCCACCAACCACAACAGCACCGCCCACUACCACCAGACCCAUACCUUUGAAGUACUCUGCAGCGCUGUGUCAACAGAAAUGCAAACGUAAGGGAACCCCUGAGAGCCACUACUGUUCCAGUAACUUCGUGAUUACGGGAACGGUCAUAACUGCUGUAACACGUGGAGGUAGCAUGUACGCCACCAUCUCCAUUAUCAAUGUUUACAAGGAGGGCAGUCUAGCCAUUCAACAGGCUGGCAAAACCAUGAGCACUAAGAUUGUCAUCCUGUGCAAGAAAUGUCCCUACAUCAGGCGAGGUUUGAACUACAUCUUCAUGGGCCAGUCGGAUGAGGAUGGACGUGGAAUGAUCGCACCCCAUCAUUUCGUCAUGGCUUUCAAGGCCAAGAACCAGAAGGCCUUCAACAUGCUAAAGAACAAACACUGCUGAGCUAUCCAAAAUUCUUCCGGUUUCUUCGUACUUACUGCAUGACCCGACUUCAUUCAACAAACGGGUCUAAGGAUUUUUGAAGCACAAGAGCCCUGGAUGGACUCUCUUUUAUUCAUAUUUUUCAUGACUAUUUUUCUUAUAGCUUAAAGGAAUAGUCUACUCAUUUUCAAUAUUAAACUAUGUUAUUACCUUAACU